AUGGAUAAACGCGAGCGGAAAGCAAAGGAGGAACCUAUAAAAUCAAAAGCAACAAAACACAAGGAGAAAAAACAGACCCCUGGAAAGCUCUUUCGAAAGAAAUCGUUGAAGUCCGUUGGGAAUUUCGUGAAUAAAAUUUUUAAAAGUUUUGGGACAUGGGCUCAUAGUGGAGACGCAAACCAGCUGGAUGUUGAGGACGAUGAUGGAGGAUUUCGCGAUGGUACACCUUGCACGCUUAGUGCCAACUCAGGAAUUUUGAAAGAAGAUAACGGAGACCGUUUGGUGAAGAAAAGUUCCACUCUUUCCUCCCGUCACACAGCGAAAGAGAGGCUGUCAGUGUCAUUUGGGGAUAAAACUCCAGGUGUCUUGGGUUUGAAGAACCACGGAAAUACCUGCUUUAUGAAUGCGGUCGUUCAGUGUUUGAGUAACACAGACUUGCUCGCGGAAUAUCUCGGUUUAGAGUUGUACAAACUCGAUUUAAAUCAGAGGAGAAUUAAUGGGAUGGUGAAAAGCGAAGAAGCACAGAACCUGCAAGGUGAAGUGACCGAGCAGUUGGCGUCCCUGGUUAGGGCGCUCUGGACACUGGAAUACACGCCGCAGCUGUCAGUGGAAUUUAAGUCAGUCGUGUCCAAAUACGGAGCUCAGUUUCGGGGGAAUUCCCAACACGACGCACUGGAAUUCCUGCUUUGGCUCCUGGACCGAAUCCACGAGGACGUCAACUCCUCUUCCUCCUCCAGCAGCAGCAGCAGCAGGAGCAAAGCCUGUGCAAAGGGCUCGGGGGGACCAGAGGACGAGGUCGCGUCGGAGUCGACGAACGCGCAGCAGGCUGGAGCAUCCCACAGUUUCGUCCAGGAGCAUUUCCAAGCUCAGUACAAGUCAUCUCUGACAUGUCCUCACUGUCUCAAACACAGCGACACAUUCGAUCCUUUCCUCUGUGUCUCACUGCCUAUCCCUCUCCGCCAGACCAGGCCGGUGUAUGUGACCCUGGUCUUCAGUAAUAAGGGACAGAGGUAUCUGAGAGUGGGGCUGGCUGUCCCUCUCUUCGGCUCACUGGCCUGUCUGCGCAAGAUGGUGGCUGACGAGGGGAAGAUCUCCCCAGACCAGGUGAUUUUGACGGAGAUCUACUCCACAGGUUUCCAACGCUCCUUCUUCGAUGAAGAAGACCUGACCUCCAUUGCCGAGAAUGACAUCAUCUAUGCCUUCCAGGCUCCGCCCCUCUACAUCAGGGGCGGGUCUACAAAAAUCUCAGGAUAUCACCACAGUCUCCCUUCCUCUCCAUACUCCUCCUCCGGACCAGAGGGUCAGAGGUUACCUGCGUCAGGUGCGCUGUCCUCAGAGUUCCUCAACCACGGCAUGUCGGUGAAGAUCCUUCUGCUGGUGUGUAACGCAGCUGGAUCAGGCCAGCAGGCAGUGAGGUUCGGCCCUCCGUUCCUGAUGAGGGAGGACAGGUGUGUGUCCUGGGACCAGCUUCAGCAGAGCAUCCUCAGUAAACUCUACUACCUGAUGAUCAACGGGGCUCAAGCACAGAAUUCCAGAGUGCUGUUUAAAAUCCGUGUUGUUGGAGGGUCUGCGUCUUACAGCUACCUUUCUCCUCAAGAUGGACGACCCCUUUAUCACCCCGCGGUCGACAGGGCUCUGAAGAUGUGUGGUUCAGGUGGACCUCCACACGUGAAGCUGAUGGUGGAGUGGGAACAUCGCAUUAAAGACUGUCUGUUUGGGAAUAUUCAGGAGGAGGUGGUGAAAGACUGUGAGAGCGUGAGAACCCAGCAGCAGCAUCACAUCCAGCAGCACAGCUGUACUCUGGACGAGUGCUUUCAACUCUAUACUAAAGAGGAACAGCUGGCUCCAGAUGACGCGUGGAAAUGUCCGCACUGCAAACAGCUCCAGCAAGGCACGGUUCAGAUGAGCCUGUGGACCUUGCCGGACAUCCUCAUCCUCCACCUAAAACGCUUCCGACAGGUGGCCGACCGCAGGAACAAGCUCACAACGUUGGUGCGUUUCCCUCUGACCGGACUGGAUAUGGCGCCCCACGUGGUGAAGAGGACUAAUUGCACCCGCCUGCUGGCCAACUGGAAACACCAUCCAUCGCAGUGCAUGGAGGCUGCCCAGAAUCCUCUGGACUAUCUCUAUGACCUGUAUGCAGUGUGUAAUCACCAUGGAGGAAUGCACGGAGGACAUUACACAGCGUACUGCAGGAACUCAGUGGACGGACAGUGGUACGGAUAUGAUGACAGCAGUGUGGAGCCCGUGCCAGAGGGAGAGGUUUGCACGCGCGGUGCCUACAUCCUCUUCUACCAGAGACGCAACUCCAUCCCAUCCUGGUCAGCCAGCUGCUCCCUCAGAGGUUCCUGUAGUUCAUCCACCUCUGACCAUUGGCUGGUUCGUCUCACAGCGGAAAACCACAGCGCCAGUCCUCAGCCCAAGAGCUCGGCAUCUUCCUCUGGCCCAGAGCCCCAGUCACCGGACACCAGCAUCUCUCAGGAGAAAACAGCUACGCCAGAGACAGAUGGUUUUGAGUCCAGGCCAUUUGUGAGGGGCACUCAGGGCCGGAGUCUCAGCAUGCGCUCACCCACUAAAACGAAGGAUGGCUUGGGCAAAGUGCUUCCCCUGCGUUGGUCCUUCACUUCCCGAGACCGGCAUAAGCCUCAAGUGACCCAGCAGACUAUGCCACCCCAGCCCGGAGAACUGGUGGAGUAUCUGGAGUCAGGCCGCCGUCCACGCUGCACCAAGGAGCCCAUCGUCACCCUGGUGGCCAGUCCUCCACAAGUCAAAGCCCAGCACGGUGAAGCCGAUUCGCUCAGCUCCCCCAGUGGCAGUAGCCUCAACACAGUGGACAGAGGGAACCACGACUGGCCUGACUCGCCCAAAGUACCUGAGGGUCAGUGCAGGCCAGCUGCAGACAGAAGCAAUGCUAACGCUAAAGGGAGAGAUGGCAGCUCACUUGGCAGGAAGAGUUCUAAAAGAUCUAGGUACGAUCAGGGGAGGACUCGAACUCAGUCUCAGGAGAGUCAGUCUAAUAAAGGAUCCAGCACAGGCCUUCCCCUUGGCGGUAGCACAGGCGCUAGCACUGCUAACAUCGCUAACACUGAGUCUGCUCACAGAGACUACACACUUAAGAGACUUUGUGCUCACUCAGGACUAGUUUCUAGUGGAGGAACACCUUGUAACCCAACACAACGAGUCUUGGCAACUGAGGAUGCCUCAGGAUCUAAGGGUGACUACACCAGAGGCCAAGAUGGCACCCUAGCUCACCUAAAACCCAAGCUCCUGAAUAAGGACAACAUCCAGCCAAGAUCUAGAGACAUUGAGGAGGCGGGCCGAGGGAUGCUGACCAACCGAAAUGGAACCAAACUGCCACUCUCCAAUGGGACUCUGAACGGGGCAGCCGUGGUUGAGAGGAAAGCCAAGAGUAGCCCAAGAGGCAGUAGUGGGCGGCACGGCGGAAAGGGGCUAGCCAAUGGGAGCGAGAGUCAGAAUGGCUCAGUGAACAUCAAGCGAGCCCACAGUUCGUCCAGCAUUCAGAGCAGAUUGGACCUGGGCUUGAGGAGGACGGUUUCAUUACAGAAAAACGGACCUCUGGUGCCUCCACAACGGAGCCUCAAUGCUGAUAAAGUCUCCCAACGCACCAGAUACAGCACAACCUCACUUGGCAGACAGCGACCAGUGCCUGAGUCCUGCUUCUGA